AUGUCGGCGAGGCUACGGGUGGAGGAGCUCCGCGCGGCGCUGCUGAGCCGCGGCCUCGAUGUCACUGGCACCAAGCAUGCUCUCGUGCGGAGGCUGGACGCCGCAAUCUGCAAGGAUGAGAAGAUCGCGGCGGCUGCUGCGGCUACCGAGGUGGCAGAUGGGUAUGGCGUAGCCGUAGAUGGUGUGCUCGUGGAUGGCAAAGGGAACGGCGGGAACAACAAGAAGAGGAAAAGGUCCGGUGAUGGGGAUGAAGAGGGGAACGGCGAUACGUCUAUAGAUCUGGCAAAACUAGAGGGCAUGAGCUAUCGCGAGCUGCAGGGAUUGGCUAAGGCACGGGGACUCGCGGCAAAUGGGGGCAAGAAGGAUGUUAUCCAGAGGUUGCUCUCGGCGACUGCUGAUCGUGCUGCAGUUGCAGAUGGUGGUCCUCAGGGCGAAAAGGAAGUCAUAAAAGGUGGUGAUGAGGAGGUUGAGGUGAAAAAGGAGAAGAUGGUUACAGCCACGAAGAAGGGAGCUGCAGUGCUGGAUCAGCACAUUCCCGAUCACAUAAAAGUGAACUAUCAUGUCUUGCAAGUGGGCGAUGAAAUCUAUGAUGCCACCUUGAACCAGACUAAUGUUGGAGACAACAACAAUAAGUUCUAUAUCAUUCAAGUUUUAGAAUCUGAUGCUGGUGGAAGCUUGAUGGUUUACAAUAGAUGGGGAAGAGUAGGGGUACGAGGUCAAGAUAAACUACAUGGUCCCUUUUUAACACGAGACCAAGCAAUAUAUGAAUUUGAGGGGAAGUUCCAUGACAAAACUAAUAAUCAUUGGUCUGAUCGCAAGAACUUCAAAUGUUAUGCAAAGAAAUACACUUGGCUUGAAAUGGAUUAUGGUGAAACUGAUAAAGAAAUAGAGAAAGGUUCCAUUACUGAUCAGAUAAAAGAGACAAAACUUGAAACUAGAAUUGCGCAGUUCAUAUCCCUGAUCUGCAAUAUUAGCAUGAUGAAGCAACAAAUGGUGGAAAUAGGUUAUAAUGCUGACAAGCUUCCCCUUGGAAAGCUAAGCAAAUCUACAAUACUUCAGGGUUAUGAUGUUUUGAAAAGGAUAUCCAAUGUUAUUUCAAAGGCAGACAGGAGACAGCUUGAGCAAUUGACUGGGGAAUUCUACACCGUGAUUCCUCAUGACUUUGGUUUCAGAAAGAUGCGUGAAUUUAUUAUCGACACUCCUCAGAAACUAAAAGCUAAGCUGGAGAUGGUUGAAGCCCUUGGUGAGAUUGAAAUUGCAACUAAACUUUUGGAGGAUGAUUCAAGUGACCAGGAUGAUCCGCUAUAUGCUCGAUACAAGCAACUUCAUUGUGAUCUCACACCUCUUGAAGCUGAUUCAGAUGAGUACUCUAUGAUAAAAACAUAUUUGAGGAAUGCACAUGGAAAAACACACUCUAGUUAUACGGUGGACAUAGUGCAAAUAUUUAAGGUUUCAAGGCAUGGUGAAACAGAGCGAUUUCAGAAAUUUGCUAGUACAAGAAAUAGGAUGCUUUUGUGGCAUGGUUCUCGGUUGAGCAACUGGACUGGGAUCCUUUCUCAGGGUCUGCGAAUCGCUCCUCCUGAAGCACCUGUUAGUGGUUACAUGUUCGGCAAGGGUGUUUACUUUGCUGACAUGUUUUCAAAGAGUGCAAACUAUUGCUGCGCUUCAGAAGCAUGUAGAUCUGGAGUGCUGCUUUUAUGUGAGGUUGCAUUGGGCGAUAUGAAUGAGCUACUAAAUGCAGAUUACAAUGCUAAUAACCUGCCCAAGGGAAAAUUAAGCACGAAGGGAGUUGGUCAAACAGCACCUGACAUGGUCGAGUCUAAGAUCACUGACGAUGGUGUGGUUGUUCCCCUUGGCAAACCUAAACAGGAACCUUCCAAAAGGGGUGACUUGCUUUACAAUGAGUACAUAGUGUACAACGUAGAUCAGAUAAGAAUGCGGUAUGUCCUACUUGUUAACUUCAACUUCAAGAGGCGGUAG